GAAUUAUUGAACAAAUCCAGGAAUAUCGAUCGAUACAAUUUACAAGAAUACAACAAUUCAUGGCCUCGUUUCGGUUUCUGCAUUGCCUUGUCUUCUUCCUCUUGUCUCCUGCUUUCUUGAUCGCUUCUUCCCCAUUUUCAUAUAAUACGCAUCAAUAUUAUAAGGUGACUGGGCGUAAUCUUCUUCAACAGAAACAAUCGUGUCCUGUGAACUUUGAGAAUGAAAACUACACGAUCAUCACAAGCCAAUGCAAAGGACCAGUAUACCAACGUGAGCCAUGUUGUAACUCCUUUUUGCAAAUCGCAUGCCCUCAUUGGGAACAAAUUAACGAUGAAAAGACAAAUUGUGCAUCAACUUUGUUUAGUUACAUAAAUGUAUACGGGAAAUACCCCCCUGGGCUUUUUGCUAGCAUGUGUAAAGGAGACAAGAAAGGUCUUAGUUGUGAGGAAAUCGAUACAUCUACUUCAAAGAAGGGAGACAAGAGUCAGGCUGCUACCAUGUGUAUUCAGUCACCAUGGGUGAUGAUCAUGGGUGGAGUCAUGGUGUUUGUGCUAGAAUUUUUUGGAUAAUAAUAUAAUGUUGUUUAGAAGAUUUUUUUUGUCUAAAUUUAAUGGUGAGAACAUGACUAAAUUCGGC